AUGUCUACGACCAAGGCCGGCCGGAAAAUCCUGGACAACCUGGGAGUUGGCUACCAAGGCAGGGAGCGGACGCAGCUCCCCAUCCCCGAUGAGAUCAGGAACAACAUCAGAGUGGACUCUAUACCGAGGAACAUGCACCCGGAGUAUAACAAAGGGAGGAGAGCGGCGAGAGCCAGGGCCCUGAUAGAUCAGCACGCGGCCGACGGACACGCACGCUACGUGGACGCGGCUGAAUACGCCAAGCUACACGGUUUCACGACAGUUGUCGUCGACGCGACCGGCACCGUUCGCACGACCGCCAGCACGAGAUGCACCAAGGCAGAACAAGCGGAGGAGGUAGCCAUCGCCCUGGCCAUCGCCGACCGCGACUGCCACACGGUGCUGUGUGACUCGAGGCAGGCGGUGAGGAAUUAUGCCAAAAGCAUGAUAUCGAAGGAAGCGGUGCGCAUACUGCAGUCAACCAAGAACGACGGCGGCAGCAAACAAGUGAGAAUCAAAUGGUUCCCCGCGCACGCGGGCGAGGCGUCGGAUCGAAACGCCAACCACAACGAGACAGCACAUGCCGAGGCGCUAACGGACCGCGCCUCGACCGACUGGCCGCUGUGGUUCAGCACCAAGGACCGAAUGACCGACUACAACGAGAUAACCAAGGCUUUCCGCCUAGCUCGCAGAACUCUCCCACCACCUUGCUCGGGGCUCAGUCGAGAACAAGCCGUUUUAUUUAGACAGCUGCAGACGGGCUCACUCCCCAGCCCGUUGCUGAUGCAUAGAAUGUAUCCCGAGGCGCACCCGACAGACAAGUGCAGAGUCUGCCGAAGGGAGACGGCCGGCUUCGCACAUAUGCUGUGGGAUUGUAUCAAGUACCCGGAAGAAUCAAAGUCUGGGAGCAUCCCGCUGCGACUUGAAGCAGCCGCAGGGAGCGAUAAUCAAGAACAACAACUCUGGGCCGUCCAGCAGGUCAUCGGGGCGCUGGCCCGGCAGGGACCCAGCGCCCAGAAGACGAUGUAGGCCCCGUCCGGAGCGCGCGCGCAAGCGCGCGUUUUACUGCAGGCUAAAAUAAAGUUUACC